GUCCAAAGUACUAUAGACGAUAUUGGCCUGACCAGAACGUUUUAACAAGAACUGUUUUGUGCACCGAGAGGAAUAUACUGAAGGAGUAAGAUUGUUUGUAUAGAUGGCCUGUUCUCCAACCCAACAGGAGUCACAGACAUCACAGAGGUCACAGAGGUCACAGGGGCCACAUGAGUCACUUGGGUCUGAUCUACGGGUGGAUGCUCACAUAACUAGCUCACCUCCCUUAAGUUCUCUGACAGCCAGCAAAAAUUCAUGUGAGAUUUGUGGUGCAGCUCCCCUCAGAGAUCAACAUUCCUGUCGUGUGUGUGACAAGGUGUUGUGUGUUUGCUGUUCAGAAAUGCAUGAAAAAUUGCUAUUUAUGAGGAAUGAUUCGAAAGAAUCCAAGGGAGAUAACUGUUGGCUGUGUGACCGGUUACAUAUUCUCAUUUUUCCAGACAGUGGAGAAAAUUCCAGUCCAGUUGAUGAGGAAGUCUCCAUUUUGAAUCAAAAUCAUGAUGAUCUCGAACAGUCAACUGCAGGACUGCCUCCAGUGUUGGAUAAAAUGACAAUUUCAAAAGGGGCAGACAACCCUAUCAGUUCUGGUGCUAGCUCAUCACAUAUAAAUAAGGUAGAUAUGACAAUUAUUGACUCUUCAAAAUCAAAUGGAGGAAAUAGCCAAGGAGAUCACCAGGGAACACGUCCGAAUAGAGUUAAAAUUGAUGAGAGAGGUACCAUGACUCAAGGUCAUCAACAGGAGACAAUAUUCACCAAAGGUCAAGGUCACAACCAGAUAUACCAAGAUAUACGUAAUACUGGCUCAGAAAGAAAAGAAACAUUGGGAAAUCUAUCGCCUGGUUUGACAUACAGCUUCAUCAGCCAGCUUUUUUCACCGAGACAACGCACUGACUAUGCCCAUAAAAUCAACUUCAUUAGCAAGUGGAACAACAGAGAUCAAAAACAAUUUGGUGAUGUUCUUUUACUGAGUAGUGAUAAGAAUGAAGACAUUAGAGGUGCCGAGAAGUACUGUGAAUAUUUAAAUACACUUCAGAUGCGUGGUGGACCAGAACAACCAGGCAUUUUUGUAAAAGCUCGCUUGUAUCAUCAACUAGUACUGCCUGGAUCACCUGUGAUCUCCGGGUUCGUGGAGGCUUUAGAACAAUUCACAUUUGUUUUUCUAUACGAAACAAAGAGUCUUGAAGCUCUUCAUUCAUAUUUCAAGGAGAUUUGUCUCUCUCAGCAGGUAAUAAUAAAGGAAAAGAAUGGCUGUUUAGCUGUAGUCUAUGCUGAAGGUGUUGACCCCAGUAGUGUUGACAAUCAAUUAUGGCUUCACCCUUUAAUGAGUGUCUCCGCCACUGAUAGAUCUAAAGACACAGAGCGUGCUCUUAUAAAAAAACUGGAGAGCAAACUCUACAUGCGAGAAGCCAAAGAAAAGGAUUUUAUUGAAGAACAUUUUAAGGAAGCUCAACGGAAAGAAAAAGCCCAGCGGUUAAAAGAAGCCCAGAACUUAGAUGAAACUGCUUAGAAUUUACAAAUUAAAUGCUCAGUAGUUACAAGGAGCUCAUGAUCAGUGGUCAGAAGUAACUCAGUGGUCAGAAGUUACUCAGUGGUCAGAAGUUACUCAGUGGUCAGAAGUUACUCAGUGGUUAGAAGUUACUCAGUGGUCAGAAGUUACUCGGUGGUUAGAAGUUACUCGGUGGGUAGAAGUUACUCGGUAGGUAGAAGUUACUCAGUGGUCAGAAGUUACUCAGUGGUCAGAAGUUACUCGGUGGUUAGAAGUUACUCAGUGGUUAGAAGUUACUCCGUGGUCAGAAGUUACUCAGUGGUUAGAAGUUACUCAGUGGUCUGAAGUUACUCAGUGGUCAGAAGUUACUCAGUGGUCAGAAGUUACUUAGUGGUUAGAAGUUACUCAGUGGUUAGAAGUUACUCAGUGGUCAGAAGUUACUUAGUGGUCAGAAGUCACUUAGUGGUUAGUGGUUAGAAGUUACUCAGUGGUCAGACGUUACUUAGUGGUUAGAAGUUACUUAGUGGUCAGAAGUUACUUAGUGGUCAGACGUUACUCAGUGGUCAGAAGUUAAUUAGUGGUCAGAAGUCACUUAGUGGUUAGAAGUUACUCGGUGGUCAGAAGUUACUCAGUGGUCAGAAGUUACUCAGUGGUUAGAAGUUACUCAGUGGGUAGAAGUAACUUGGUGGUCAGAAGUUACUCGGUGGUCAGAAGUUACUUAGUGGUCAGAAGUUACUCAGUGGUUAGAAGUUACUCAGUGGUUAGAAGUUACUCAGUGGUUAGAAGUUACUCGGUGGUUAGAAGUUACUCAGUGGUUAGAAGUUACUCAGUGGUUAGAAGUUACUCAGUGGUUAGAAGUUACUCGGUGGUUAGAAGUUACUCAGUGGUUAGAAGUUGUUUGGUGGUUAGAAGUUACUCAGUGGUUAGAAGUUACUCAGUGGUUAGAAGUUACUUAGUGGUCAGAAGUUAAUCAGUGGUCAUCAGUUACUCCGUGGUCAGAAGUUACUCAGUGGUUAGAAGUUACUCAGUGGUCAGAAGUUAAUCAGUGGUCAUCAGUUACUCAGUGGUUAGAAGUUACUCAGUGGUUAGAAGUUACUCGGUGGUCAGAAGUUACUCCGUGGUCAGAAGUUACUUAGUGGUCAGAAGUUAAUCAGUGGUCAGAAGUUACUCCGUGGUCAGAAGUUACUCAGUGGUUAGAAGUUACUCAGUGGUUAGAAGUUACUCCGUGGUCAGAAGUUACUUAGUGGUCAGAAGUUAAUCAGUGGUUAGAAGUUACUCAGUGGUUAGAAGUUACUCGGUGGUUAGAAGUUGUUUGGUGGUUAGAAGUUACUCAGUGGUUAGAAGUUACUCCGUGGUCAGAAGUUACUCAGUGGUUAGAAGUUACUCGGUGGUUAGAAGUUACUCAGUGGUUAGAAGUUACUCAGUGGUUAGAAGUUGUUUGGUGGUUAGAAGUUACUCAGUGGUCAGAAGUUAAUCAGUGGUCAGAAGUUACUCAGUGGUCAGAAGUUACUCAGUGGUUAGAAGUUACUCAGUGGUCAGAAGUUAAUCAGUGGUCAGAAGUUACUCCGUGGUCAGAAGUUACUCAGUGGUUAGAAGUUACUCAGUGGUCAUCAGUUACUCAGUGGUUAGAAGUUACUCAGUGGUUAGAAGUUACUCGGUGGUUAGAAGUUACACAGUGGUUAGAAGUUACUCAGUGGUUAGAAGUUACUCAGUGGUUAGAAGUUACUCGGUGGUCAGAAGUUACUCAGUGGUUAGAAGAUACUCAGUGGUCAGAAGUUACUUAGUGGUUAGAAGUUACUCAGUGGUUAGAAGUUACUCAGUGGUCAGAAGUUACACAGUGGUUAGAAGUUACUCAGUGGUUAGAAGUUGUUUGGUGGUUAGAAGUUACUCGGUGGUUAGAAGUUACUCAGUGGUCAGAAGUUACUUAGUGGUUAGAAGUUACUCAGUGGUUAGAAGUUGUUUGGUGGUUAGAAGUUACUCAGUGGUCAGAAGUUACUCAGUGGUUAGAAGUUACUCAGUGGUCAGAAGUUAAUCAGUGGUCAGAAGUUACUCCGUGGUUAGAAGUUACUUAGUGGUCAGAAGUUACUCAGUUGUCAGAAGUUACUCAGUGGUUAGAAGUUACUCAGUGGUCAGAAGUUAAUCAGUGGUCAGAAGUUACUCAGUGGUUAGAAGUUACUCAGUGGUCAGAAGUUACUCGGUGGUUAGAAGUUACUCAGUGGAUAGAAGUUACUCGGUGGUUAGAAGUUACUCAGUGGUCAGAAGUUGUUUGGUGGUCAGAAGUUACUCAGUUGUCAGAAGUUAAUCAGUGGUUAUAAGUUACUCAGUGGUUAGAAGUUACUCAGUGGUUAGAAGUUACUCGGUGGUUAGAAGUUACUCAGUGGAUAGAAUUUACUCAGUGGUUAGAAGUUACUCGGUGGUUAGAAGUUACUCAGUGGUUAGAAGUUACUCGGUGGUUAGAAGUUGUUUGGUGGUCAGAAGUUACUCAGUUGUCAGAAGUUAAUCAGUGGUUAGAAGUUACUCAGUGGUUAGAAUUUACUCAGUGGUUAGAAGUUACUCGGUGGUUAGAAGUUACUCAGUGGUUAGAAGUUACUCAGUGGUUAGAAGUUACUCAGUGGUUAGAAGUUACUCAGUGGUUAGAAGUUACUCGGUGGUUAGAAGUUACUCAGUGGUUAGAAGUUACUCGGUGGUUAGAAGUUACACAGUGGUUAGAAGUUACUCAGUGGUUAGAAGUUGUUUGGUGGUUAGAAGUUACUCAGUGGUUAGAAGUUACUUAGUGGUGAGAAGUUACUCAGUGGUCAGAAGUUACUCAGUGGUGAGAAGUUACUCGGUGGUCAGAAGUUACUCGGUGGUCAGAAGUUACUCGGUGGUCAGAAGUUACUCAGUGGGUAGAAGUUACUCAGUGGGUAGAAGUUACUCGGUGGUCAGAAGUUACUCGGUGGUUAGAAGUUUUUGUUUCUGGUUAACAACUUCUCUUUUCUGUAAUACAAAUAGUAUUCAUCCGCAGCCUAAUAGGGACCAACCAACCAAUUGUUUUCCCAUAGACGUUAGUGUUAACGUUUUGGUGUAUUUCAUUCAAAUUCUUGAAUUUACUAUUACAAUUAUGGUUGAAUAUGCACUCCCGAACUUGAUACCACGAUCCCAGUUUCCGUCUGUAUGGGACCCUGACUGUCCGUGAUUACGGAUUUGUUGACACUAUACGAAACUGGCAUUUUCAAAAGAUGCUAACGGAACCGCGUCAUCUACAUAUCCGACAUGAAACUGUGCCAGUUACAAUGGACCCCGAGUACAAUAGUGACAUCCUCCACAAGGCUUAUUGCACAAUUUCCGUCCCCACUGCAUAGUUUUCCACACAUACCACCCUCUUGGAGUCUCGACAGACCGUCUGCAUUCUGGUGGCUCUCUCCACGUCAAUGUUUGAUUGCCAAGUCAUACUGACUUAACUCUACCAUCCAUCUAGCUAUUUGCCUUUGAGGAGCUUUGAAACUCAGUAACCUUUAAUACUAGGGGAAGGGCUAUAUUGAAGGAUAAAUACUAUACGCAUAAAUGUAUAUGUUUAUGUGGGCUGGCUAACAUCCUCGUCCAUGUGUCCCCUUCAAAUUCCUUCAAAUAUUUUCUUGUCCAGGCCCUUAAUUCUACCUUGAACUAACAGUUUAUUUGCAUCACCUCAAUCAAAUGUGCAAUGUAUGGUCGCUGCGACCUUGAUGCAAAGGUCAAAAAGGUGAUUUUUUUGUAACAGUUUCUUGUCCAAGAUGUAACUUUUAAACCAAAGUAACCGUUACAGGUAUCUAAAUGAAAGCAAACCUGUGUACCUUUAUCCUCCAUCGACGAAGAGCAGUGCUUUCUAUUUGUCUGCAGACGAUCUGCAUCUUUUAUCAAUCUUUUGAAACUCUAGAUCUGUAAGCAUAAUAAUUAGAUGAAGUUGUUUUCCUAAAAAAAAAAAAUAUUUUGCAAACGUUAUUGGUGUUUAUUUCAAGAUUUAGCUCUUGCAUUCGUGCAGCAGUGGCAGAUCGGUGAUCUGGGUAUCGUUUCACAAAACUUCGUAACUUACGUACGUUCGUAAAUAUACGGAGUUCGUAAGUCCGUUUCACAUAGGUGUUUGUAACUUUAAAAUUCAAAUCGCCCUGCGUCCGUGGUCCGUCCGUAAACAAUUCUUGUUAUCACUAUUUCUCAGAAAGUACUGAAGGGAUCUUU